UGUCCAGCAACGCCCCUAAUCUGUGCCGCAGUAGAGCCUGGAUCUCUAGCCUAGCAGCGCCAGUGGUAGGCUGACCGUUACGAUACCUUUGUUCUGUCUCUAGAUGGGGCCCUCUACAAGAAAGUGUGUAUGUGCGUGUAGUUACGCGCGUGCACUCGCUUCAUACGCUUCAGUUUCCCAAACCCAUUCGACACAAGGACAGAAGCUACUUUGGACCCAACAGUCCUGAAUGAGCUGCGCGACGUUCGACGUCUCUCAAAGACUUUGCAGUUCUUUAACGUGACUCCGUUUUCUUCUCUGAACCCGCAUCUGUGCCGUUUCUUCAUGUCUAAGUCCUCCGCGACCUGGAAAGUGCGCUUUUUCACGGAGCCCUUCUUCUGUUUUGGAAAACAAGAAGAGAACAUCUAGAGGAAGAACGUCAGCCCCGGAAACAAGACUUUUUGAGUCUCAUUUUUGAUACUUUCCAGUAUAUUUUUGUUUUUGUAAAUCUUCCGCUAUGACCAUCUUCCUGAAGAGUUCGCUCUGGGUGCUUUUCUUCUAUCCAAAUCUGCGAUGUGUCGCUGAUCCAGGUCUGUCAGUUGAUUCAGAUGGUCUGGUUGAACCUCAGAGUGGAGCUGCACCCACAGCUGACGGGUAUUUUCUGGAGUUCCAGGAGCCAGUUAACAACAUCACCCAUUUCCAGGGCCAAACAGCCACAUUGCACUGCAAAGUGGCAGGAAACCCACGACCAUCUAUCCGCUGGCUGAAGAAUGAUGCCCCUGUUGUUCAGGAGCAGGGACGAAUAACCAUCCGCAAAACAGAUGCAGGAUCCAAGCUCCGCAUCCAGGACCUGGACACCACAGACACUGGCUAUUAUCAGUGUGUCGCCUCAAACUCACUCAAGGUCAUCUCCGCCACAGGUGUCCUGUAUGUCAAACUAGGACAGAUGCCCACACGAGGUCCUGAUGAAUCGUCACGUGAUAAAGGUUUCUGCCAGCCAUAUCGAGGCAUUGCCUGUGCUCGCUUCAUUGGCAACCAGAGUAUCUAUGUUGAGUCUCUGCAGAUGCAGGGGGAGAGUGAAAACCGCAUCACAGCUGCCUUCACUAUGAUUGGCACUUCAACCCACUUAUCAGAUCAGUGCUCCAGGUUUGCCAUCCCUUCUUUCUGCUAUUAUGUCUUCCCUCUGUGUGAUGAGGGCUCUUGGGCCCCUCAGCAACGUCAGCUCUGUCGAGAUGAGUGUGAGGCCCUGGAGAAUGAUCUGUGUCACGCUGAGUAUAGCAUCGCCCGAUCCAAUCCCAUGAUCCUCAUGCAGUUGGAGCUCCCCAGCUGCCACCUGCUGCCACAGCCAGGCACCCCUGAUGCUGCUUCCUGUAUGAGGAUUGGAGUACCACCAGAAAAACUGCGUCCAUAUUCUCCCUCAGAUCACAGCUGCUACAAUGGUAGUGGGGCUGACUACAGGGGCACAGUCAGCAUCACUAAAUCUGGUCAUCACUGCCAACCAUGGAGUGCUCAGUAUCCUCACAGUCACCACCUGUCUCAGGAAUACCCUGAGCUCUGGAGAAGUCACAACUUCUGCCGUAACCCAGGGGGCCAGAUGCAGGCACCCUGGUGCUUUACCGUGGACCCUCAGGUCAGGGUGGACCUGUGUGACAUCCAGCCAUGCAAUCCUCCGGAAAACCCCAGGAAGGAGAUCCUAUUCAUUCUAAUACCUGCAAUUGCCAUCCCAUUGCUCAUUGCUUGCCUGUUCUUUCUGGUUUGCGUGUGUCGCAAUAAGCAAAAGGAAUCAACUGACACAUUACCUCGCUGCCAGCCCAGCAGCUCAUCUUGCCAGGACAUGGAGCUAUCACUUCUCAAUCAGCAAAAACACCAGGCCAGGCUGCGGGAGAUUAACGUGUCAGCAGUACGGUUUAUGGAGGAACUUGGCGAGGACAGGUUCGGCAAAGUUUACAAGGGACACCUGUACGGCACCACACCUGGUGAGCAGACCCAGGUGGUGGCUAUUAAGACAUUAAAAGACAAGGUGGAUGCCACCCUCUGUGAGGAAUUUCGCCAUGAAGCCAUGCUCCGUUUUCACCUACAGCACCAAAAUAUUGUUACUUUGUUAGGUGUGGUUACCAAAGAGCAUCCAAUAAGCAUGAUGUUCACCUACUCCAGCAUUGGUGACUUGCACGAGUAUCUGGUGAUGCACUCCCCCAACUCAGAUGUUGGCAGUUCAGAUGAUGGCAAGACAGUCAAAUCCACACUGGAGCAGGCUGAUUUCCUUCAUGUUAUCACCCAGAUUGCUGCUGGAAUGGAGUACCUUUCCAGCCAGCAAGUAGUCCACAAAGACCUUGCUGCUCGAAACAUUCUGGUCUUUGACAAACUCAGCAUCAAGAUCCUGGAUCUGGGUUUUUUGAGAGAUGUCUACUCUGCUGAUUACUACAAUCUAAUGGGCACAAAAACUUUCCCUAUUCGUUGGAUGUCCCCAGAAGCUAUAAUGUGUAGCAAGUUCUCCACUGACUCUGACAUCUGGUCUUAUGGUGUCUUGCUGUGGGAAACUUUUAGUUAUGGUUUGCAGCCAUAUUGUGGUUACUCCAAUCAGGAAGUGAUAGAGAUGGUUCACAGACACCAACUUUUGCCUUGUCCAGAUGAAUGCCCAGCCUGGAUUUAUACCCUUAUGUUGGAAUGUUGGAGUGAAUUCCCUGCAAGAAGGCCUCGCUUCAAAGAUAUCCACACACGCCUCCGCUCCUGGGAAAGCUUGUCCAAUUUGAACAGCUGUGCUCAGACUUCUGGCACCAACAACACUACCCAGACCAGUUCUCUCAGUACUAGCCCUGUUAGCAACAUCAGCAUGAGCACAGCAAAUGCAUUGCGCUACACCAGCCCUAAAAAGAGUUCACCAUUCCAUCAGCCCCAGUUCACACCUAUGAAGGGUCAAAUACACCGACCAAUGGUGCCCCCGCAGCUUUAUAUACCUGUCAAUGGAUAUCACCCCAUGCCAGCGUACCCAUAUCUGCAGAACUUUUACCCGAUGCAAAUACCCUUACCUAUUCCCCACCAGCAGCUACACCACCCACCACAGAUGGUUCCCAAAGCUGGUUCUCAUCAUAGUGGCAGUGGAUCCACAUCUACAGGCUAUGUCACCACUGCUCCUUCCAACACUUCUGUCACAGAGCGAGCAGCUUUGCUAAAUGAGGACUGCAGGCCCAUUGAUGAGGACCUGGCUGACAACAUGUCCCAGGAAGAGCCAGACCAAAACAAUGACUUGUUGGUGCCUGAAACAGAAUUGCUAAGUGACAGUGAUCCUCCACAGACCGAUGAGUUGGUGAUCCAUUUCUCAGACACAUAACUGAAGAACAGUGGAGCUAAAAUACUUUGUAAUCUGUGAUUGGAAAAAAUUUAAAAGCAGUAUAAACUGAAAUGAGUGUUUUUGCAGAACAGUGACUGAAUGAUUUUCUUUGAGUUUCCUAGCGUCCUACUGAUGCUUUUGAAUGUCAAAUGUGUCUCAUGUUUUACCUCUUAAAGGGAUAGUUAAGGUUUUUUAAGUGGGAUUGCAUAAGGUACUUUUCCAUGGCAAAACUAUGGAAAAGAAAACUGUCAGCAUGCCCUCAGGCUGAAGAAGCAGACAUAGUAGAUUCUAAGUAGAGGCUCUAAGCAAUGUUACAUUGUGAAUGGGAUCAGCGGUAAAACACAUUUCAGCCAUCUAAAGACAUCAUUUUAAGUGUAGUAGUUUCAUGACUUUAUCUUGCCAUGAGACAGCUCCUUCUUUUGGCACUACAUUUUCUCAGUAGUAAACAACAUUCCAUGCACUCAUCCAGACAGCCAAGGAGGCCAGACAGAUGCUGAAGAGCACCACUGUGGCCUAAGAAAACAACCCUGUUUAAAAAAUCCUGAGCUAUGAUUUGCCAGUGAUUAAGCAAAAUUAGUUGUGCAAUGCUUUGUUGUUGUUUUUUGGGUGUUUUUAUGUUAUUGUUCUGUUCUUGCUGUUUCUGUCAAACACAAAAACAUUUUCUUAUCCAGCAAGUGAAUAAAUACUUCACAAAGUGUCCUGUCUUGACGGAAAACUUGCCUUCUCUCAUCUACACAUGAUGCCUUGAGCCACUUCUCUUCACUUGUCAGUAAAACCAUUCACAGGGAGAUCAUACAACACCUCUCUAUACAGGCACUCAGACCUGCCAAUAGGAAUUGUUAGUUCAGCAAGUGACGUGAGCUCUCCCACCACUCACUUACCAGUUGUGUUUAUUGCAACCUUGUACUUGUAUAGCCCCUGUCAAUUUAAUGUUGUUUUGAUGUUAUUCAUUUAGGGUUUGUGAAAGUAACAAUCAUAGAGCAACAGAAUGUAUGAUGAAAAGAAAUGUUUUGAAAGAAGUCAGUGGGUAACUUUGUUAAUAAUUAUACUCAAAGAAUACAGAAUCUUGUUGUUUUUUUUUUUUCGUUAUUGUUUUCUCAGGCCAUUGACAAAGUUUUCAUUCCAUGUGACUUUUUGCUAUGAGGUUGAUUCUUUUAACAUCAACCUCGAUUACAAAGGUGUACAGAUUUGUAAUUUAUGUAGUUUGGUUUGAACACUAUAUUUGUUUAGAUUUUUUCAUUAUUGGUGAAUUGCUAAGCCUGGCAUUAAUGUCAAUGUCUUUUCCACCAUGUUUGCUUUGAUUAAGCAGUUUUUAGCUCACCACAUAAUGCUCACAUAUUCAUAUGAAUAAAAUUAUGAAUUUCCAGAAAAAAAA